GUUAAGUAACACGCUCUGAGAUAGAGAAGUGAGAAGUUGCAUUCAGCAGUGAAAACUACGGAAGGGAGAUCUUAGUGUCUGAUUUCACAUCAACAAACAAAGAAAAGUGACAAUGGAGGUGGAUUAUCUUGAAUAUGAUGAUUACACUGCAGACAAUGAAACGCAGAACAGCACAAAAACUCCAUUCCUGUCACAUUUUUACAGCUCUCAGUACUCCCUGACUCUUGUGCUUGCAGUGGUCAACAUCUUAAUAUCAGUUCUUGGUCUUGGUGGGAACUCUGUCGUGAUAUGGAUCUGCGGGUGUAAAAUGAAAAGAACGGUCCUCACCACCUGGUACAUCAGUCUGGCCAUUUCAGACUUGUUUUUCUGUGCCUUUUUGCCCUUCGAAGUGUUCUACUUGCUAACCUCACACUGGCCUUUUGGCCAGAUGUUUUGCAAGCUCACGUCUUCCGCUUUGUUUCUCAACAUGUACAGCAGUGUGUUUCUCUUGGUUUUAAUCAGCGCUGACCGCUGUGUUCUAAUUUUAUUUCCUGUGUGGGCAAACAACCACCGAACAGUGCAAAAAGCAUAUGGAGCCGUUUCCCUGAUGUGGCUCCUUUCUGGACUCUUAACAUUGCCUUCGGCGAUCUUCAGAACGACCUCAAUCCACGGAUCAGUCACCAAGUGUCACACGGAUUACGGCGCCAAUUUUAGACACAAGGCUGUAGCACUGGGUCGCUUCAUCUGUGGGUUCCUGGUUCCUUUCCUGAUGAUUGUGUUCAGCUGUGUGGUGCUUGGUGUGAAGCUGAAAGGUUCAACCAUCCGAUCGAAAAGGCCUUAUAAAAUCAUGGUGGCACUCAUCCUAUCGUUUUUCCUCUGCUGGGUCCCCUACCAUACCUUUGUUCUCAUGGAAAUAGACUUAAAACACCAAAGACUGGAAGUGCUUGAUACUGGGCUGAAAGUGGGGGCUACUCUGGCAGCGGCUAACAGCUUCAUCUCGCCCAUCCUCUAUGUGUUCAUCGGUAAUGACUUCAAGCGAACUCUAAAGCGCACUUUGGUGUCAAGGUUUGAGGAGGCGAUGGCUGAAGAUUUCCGCACCGGUGGGAUCAAUCACUCAAGAUCCAAGUCCAUGGAAAUUGUUGAAAGUCAUGUUUCAAUGUGCAAAUGGGAUUAACUUUAAACAUUUAUUGUAUUUUGGUCCUCUAACCACCAAGCUGAUAAAUGCAUGUACAGGGGUUGGACAAUGAAACUGAAACACCUGGUUUUAGACCACAAUAAUUUAUUAGUAUGGUGUAGGGCCUCCUUUUGCCGCCAAUACAGCGUCUAUUCAUCUUGGGAAUGACAUA